AGUUUUCCGAACAUCGUAAGUGAUAAACGGGUGUGUAGUGUUUUACAAAAGUGAAGCCGCAAAAAUGGUAUAAGUACAAUUUAUAACUCUAUUUUUAUAUUAAUCAUUUGACUAUUAAUGUUAUAAUAGCUAUUUAAUUAAUAAAAUACUACACUUACUUUACAUAACCGAUCAAACUACUAAAUACUUCUUAAUUUAUUGUUGAGUUUUCUGCCUAGUCACCUUUUAAAAUUGAUAAUAUUUUUAGGGACAACAACAAUCGGGAGGAUCAGGCGGUGCUGGACGAGACAAGAAAGACGAUAAAGACAAGAAGAAAUAUGAGCCUCCAAUUCCAACCAGAGUUGGGAAGAAAAAAAAGAGAUCGAGGGGCCCUGACGCAGUUAAUAAGCUCCCUCAAGUUACACCAUAUGCUCGUUGUCGAUUAAAAUUGCUUAAAUUGGAGCGUAUCAAAGACUAUUUAUUGAUGGAAGGAGAAUUUAUAAAAAACCAAGAACGCCUUAAGCCACAAGAAGAAAAGGAAGAAGAAGAAAGGUCGAAAGUUGACGAUUUAAGAGGUACACCAAUGACCGUUGGAAAUUUAGAAGAAAUUAUUGAUGAUAAUCACGCAAUUGUUUCAACAAGCGUUGGAAGCGAGCAUUAUGUUAGCAUCUUGUCUUUUGUUGACAAAGAUCAGCUAGAACCUGGAUGUUCAGUUUUAUUGAAUCAUAAAGUUCAUGCUGUUGUUGGUGUUCUAGGCGACGACACUGAUCCAAUGGUAACUGUUAUGAAAUUAGAGAAGGCUCCUCAAGAAACCUACGCAGAUAUUGGAGGAUUAGACAGUCAAAUUCAAGAAAUAAAAGAGUCUGUAGAACUUCCUCUUACUCAUCCUGAAUAUUACGAGGAAAUGGGAAUAAAACCCCCAAAAGGAGUUAUUCUUUAUGGUGCUCCAGGAACCGGAAAAACCUUAUUAGCAAAAGCUGUUGCUAAUCAAACCUCAGCAACUUUCUUAAGAGUGGUCGGUUCAGAAUUAAUUCAAAAAUAUUUAGGUGAUGGACCCAAAUUGGUUCGAGAAUUAUUUCGUGUUGCUGAAGAGCAUGCACCAUCUAUUGUUUUCAUUGACGAAAUUGAUGCCGUAGGUACCAAACGUUAUGAGUCUAAUUCUGGCGGUGAACGUGAAAUUCAAAGAACAAUGUUGGAACUACUGAACCAGUUAGAUGGCUUUGAUUCACGAGGUGACGUUAAAGUCAUUAUGGCAACUAACCGUAUAGAAACAUUAGAUCCAGCUUUAAUUCGACCUGGUCGAAUUGAUCGUAAAAUCGAAUUUCCAUUACCUGACGAAAAAACGAAACGUAGAAUUUUUAAUAUUCACACCAACAAAAUGACUUUAGCCGAUGACGUCGACAUCGACGAAUAUGUCUUGGCGAAGGAUGACCUCUCAGGAGCCGAUAUAAAAGCUAUCUGCACGGAAGCUGGCCUCCUAGCGCUUAGAGAAAGGAGAAUGAAAGUUACCUCAGAGGACUUCAAAAAGAGUAAGGAAAAUGUCUUGUAUAGGAAAAAUGAAGGAACUCCCGAAGGACUUUAUCUAUAA